AUGAGAAUUAAUGCAAGAAAUGUUGACAGAAUUUACAUCGAUGGCGAAGUUGUUGAAGAUGUCAACGAAUUUGUGUACCUGGGUGCAACCUUAACAAAAUCAGGAGGAGGAAUGGGAGACAUGGAAAACAGAAUUUCAAAGAGGAGAAAUGCAUUCAGGCAGCUUAAUAAAAUAUGGAACAGUGACAAAAUCAAGAGAGCAACAAAACUCAAGUUGUACAAAUCAUUGGUGUUGUCAGUGCUGUUAUAUGGAUCUGAAACCUGGAAGAUGACAAAAGGCGACGAAAGAAAACUCAAUACUUUUCAAACAAAGUGUUUAAGGAGGAUAAUGAAGAUAAAAUGGCAAGACCAUGUUAGGAAUGAAGAAUUGCUAACCAGGACUGGGAUGGAGAAAUUGAGCACUACAGUAAUGAAGAGGAGAUGGAAAUUUAUUGGGCACACCUUAAGGGAGGAACCCACAAGCAUCUGUAACACAGCAUUGACAUGGGCACCAGAGGGGAAAAGGAAACGGGGUAGACCCAAAACAACUUGGCGACGCACUGUAGAGAAGGAAAGAAACAAGGCUGAAUGGAAGUCAUGGGCGGAAGCCAGAGUUGCAGCAGCUGAUAGGACAGAAUGGAGACGUUCGGUGGAGGGCCCUAUGUGCCACUUGGCAUCUGGAAGAUAG